UAGUCUCUUCGCAUAAAGACCAAUCCGACAAGGGACAAACACACACAAACCCACACCAAAAACCAUCCAACCAACCAAAAGGAGAUAGAAGAUCAAGAACAGAAGCAAAACAAAACCAAACACACAUUUCUCUUGUUUCUCAUCUCUACCCAGAAAUGGCCUCCUCCUUAUCCCUCUCCCAGUCGUUCUCCUCCCUGCACCACCAAACCUCCAGCCCUCUUAUCCCACGCAACCCAAGACCCCUUCACCUACGCACCCAGUCCCGCAAACCCAUCUCCAUCAAAGCCCUCUCCGCUCCAAUCCUCACGCAAGACGACCUCAAGAAGCUCGCCGCCGACAAGGCCGUGGACUACGUCAAGCCCGGCAUGGUCCUCGGCCUCGGCACCGGAUCCACCGCCGCCUUCGUCGUCGCCAAGCUCGGCCACCUCCUCCAGACCGGUCAGCUAUCAAACAUCGUCGGAAUUCCCACCUCGAAACGCACCGAGGAGCAAGCCCGCCAACUGGGUAUCCCUCUCUCGGUCCUCGACGACCACCCGCGCCUAGACCUCGCCAUCGACGGCGCGGACGAGGUCGACCCGGAUCUCAACCUCGUCAAAGGCCGCGGCGGAGCGCUCUUGCGAGAAAAAAUGGUGGAAGCCGCCUCGGACAAGUUCGUGGUCGUGGCGGACGACACGAAGCUGGUGAAGGGACUCGGAGGAAGUGGGUUGGCAAUGCCGGUCGAGGUGGUGCAGUUUUGCUGGAAGUACAACCUGAUAAGGCUGCAGGAAUUGUUCAAGGAAGAAGGGGUUGAGGCAAAGCUGAGGUUGGGUGAGAAUGGGAAGCCCUAUGUAACUGAUAAUUCCAAUUACAUAGUGGACUUGUAUUUCAAGACGCCAAUAAAGGACGCCUUGGCUGCUGGGAAGGAGAUUUCGGCUUUCGAAGGGGUUGUGGAACAUGGGUUGUUCUUGAAUAUGGCCACCGCGGUCAUUAUUGCCGGGAAGAAUGGUGUGGAGGUGACGAAUAAGUGAUAUUUUUGUGUGAUUGUUGUUGAUCAAUUUUUUUUUUUUUUUGAUGAUUUUGGCCUUAUUUGUGCUUGUUGGAAUUAAAAGGGCAUGUUGAAUUGGGUCAGCAGAAUAGAAAUAAUGUUAAGUAAUGGAAAUGGGAUAAAGUGAAAUAAUCGAGAAGGUAAGUUUACAUGCUAAUUUAAAUUUUUGUCA